UGAGGUACACUAUCUUUAAACAAAAAACAAAAAGAGGAGCCAAAGAAGAAACCUUAAAGAAACCCACUUGGAGGAUAAUCACAAUGACGUCACACCGCUAUCUAUCACAACAAACAUGGAGGAGUAUGCCCGUGAACCUUGCCCGUGGAGGAUAGUGGAUGACUGUGGAGGUGCUUUCACCAUGGGUGCCAUUGGUGGGGGCGUGUUUCAAGCCAUCAAGGGCUUUCGAAAUGCCCCGGCGGGAGUUGCACACAGACUGAAAGGCAGUGGAAAUGCAGUGAAGUUAAGAGCUCCCCAAAUUGGCGGUAGCUUUGCAGUGUGGGGAGGCGUCUUCUCCACCAUUGACUGUGGUUUAGUUCGCCUGAGAGGAAAAGAGGAUCCGUGGAACUCUAUAACAAGCGGUGCUCUGACAGGGGCCAUUCUGGCUGCACGCAGUGGACCAUUAACCAUGAUGGGCUCUGCCAUGAUGGGGGGAGUUCUGCUUGCUCUAAUUGAAGGUGUCGGAAUUCUCCUAACAAGAUACACAGCGCAGCAGUUUCAGAAUCCGCUUCCCUUCGCAGAAGAUCCUAGUCAGUUGCCUCCAGAGCGUGACGCGGCACCAAAGGCUCACUUUUAGUAGAGCCACAGGGGAGGGUGCCAAUUCACUUGUCACUGGUGAAGGGAUGCAGAGAGUGACUCCCGCUGAUGUGAAAGUCAACUUACCUCAGGUAGAAAUGACUCUGAAUUAUCUCUAGGGAAGUUGUAAAUAGUUUUUUUGUGAAUCGAGACAAUAGCUAUUGACACAAAUACACUGCUGCGUUAAGAUAUGAGUUUAAAUCGUUCCAUGAUUUCACGUGUAGCUCAUAUCAUCUUUCCCCAUUGAAACUCCAAAUGGAAAUGCAAUUUGCAGUCAAGAAUGAUGUGAAAUUUGAUGGUGCCGUCUAUCGGUACAGCUCAGAAAUGCAGCUUGUCUUAAAAUUUGCCCUGCAUCUCCAGAAAAUCGACCAAGUGUUGAAAAAGUUAGGGCGCUCGUUUAUCAACGUCAAUUAAAAAAAAACCUUCAGAUGUAGCGUUCAUUCGUUCGUCCAUUUAUUUAUUUAUUUGUUUAUUUAUUUAUUUAUUUGUUUGUUUGUUUGUUUGUGAAAUGCAGAUUGCACAUGGCAGAAACUGCCACUGGAGCCAAGGCAAUAUUUUACACGAGAAAAAGCACUUGGCACACCACGUACAAAUGAACACAAACACAAAAAAUGAUUGUACUUGUAUAGAUAAAUGAGCAAAUAUAUAUCAUUUAUCAUAUAAGUAAUUGACCAUUUUUUGUGAAAAUAAGGGGGAAAAGUAACAUUUGAUAAUUGAGAUCAAGGUGCAGUAUCCAGAGAAAACCCAUUGCAAGUGUGGGUCCCUCCCGGUGUUCUUGUAUGGUUUUUUUCUGGGUAGUCGGCAAACAUGCAAACUCAACACAGGGUUGUUGUUAUUUAAACAAUAGGAUUGCAACGUGAUCUUGUUUUCCUGUAUAGAAUGUUUAUUUUCUUACAAUAUUUAUUCAAGUGGCUGAAAUGAAUAAAGAUGUCAAAUGUUGGUAAAUCAA